AUGAAGUUCGGGCGCAAGAUCAAUCAAGACCUCUACUCCGAAUGGCGCCCCUUCUAUAUUGACUACACAAAGCUCAAACACGAACUGAAGGCACGCACCACCUCUCGCAACUGGGAUGACCAGGACGAAGAGGACUUUACCAGGCUGCUUGAGCUCGAGCUCGACAAGGUCAACGACUUUCAACGGAGUAAGACCGCCGAGCUUGCGACCCGCAUCAGGAACACCGAGAAGGCUGUCAAGCGUCUAGUUGCCGACGAGCAAGCCCACCUUCGCCACAGUCAUAGUCAAGAUCCUUCGGGCGAUCCAGAACAGCAAUUUGUCGAGGAUAAUCACCCGGACGCCGGUUCAGACGACGAGGAUGAGUCAGACGAUGAGGGCCACGGCGCGCUCUCGUCUGAAGACGACGCUAGCGUUGACCGCGACGAGCAGUUCGUCGUGCUGGAGGAAGAAGUAGCCGAACUGGUAGCGGACGUCCAUGACCUCGCGCUCUUCUCGAAGCUCAACUUCACGGGUUUCAUGAAGAUCUUGAAGAAACACGACAAGAAGACUGGGCGGAAGUUGAAGCUUACGUUCAAUCAGCGAUACCUCGAGCGCAGACCAUUCCAUAAGUACAAUUGGGAUGCGCUCAUCAUCAAACUCAGCCGGUCCUACGAUCUCGUGCGCACGCGUGGGCAUCCAGUUGCCGGCGACUCCUCUGCGGGCGGCUCCCAAAGCGCGUUUGUGCGACAGACCACCAAGUACUGGGUACACCCGGACAACCUUGUACAGCUCAAGCUUGCUAUUCUGCGCCACCUACCCGUACUCGUAUUCGACGCGAACAAAGAGUUUGAGGAGAAGGAUGCAGCCAUCACCUCUAUCUACUUCGACAACGAGGACCUCGAGCUAUACCUUGGACGGUUGGAGAAGACCGAGGGCGCGCAGGCUGUCCGCUUACGUUGGUACGGCGACGUUGACAAUCGCCAGAUAUUCGUCGAGCGCAAAACACAUCGCGAAGACUGGACAGGCGAGAAGAGCGUCAAAGCCCGUUUCCCUAUCGCCGAGGACAAGGUUAACGCAUUCCUCCGCGGCGAGUACGAUAUGGAGCCCGAGUUUCGCGCGCUGGUGGAUAAGGGCAAGAAAACGGUUCAGGAAGUCGAGAACAUGAUCCAGCUCGCGAACGAAGUCCAGUAUGCUAUCAUUACCAAGCAACUCCAGCCCGUUAUGCGCACUUUCUACAACCGCACAGCAUUCCAGCUACCUGGUGACGCUCGAGUGCGCAUCUCCUUGGAUACGGAGCUCACGAUGGUUCGCGAGGAUAAUUGGGAUGGCCGCCAGCGCUCAGGCGAGAACUGGAGAAGGACGGACAUCGGUAUCGACCAUCCGUUCGUCCAACUACCGCCAGAAGACAAGGAACUCUUCCCAUACGGAGUUCUCGAGGUCAAGUUGCAAACGCAGUUCGGGCAGGAGCCUCCGCGCUGGGUCCUUGACCUUGUCAACUCGCAUCUUGUCGAAGCGGUGCCUAAGUUCUCGAAGUUCAUCCAUGGCUGUGCGACAUUGCUACCCCACCGUGUCGACUUGAUACCUUUCUGGCUACCUCAAAUGGAUGUUGACAUUCUCAAACCCGACACCGGUUUGAUGCGCCUGGACCGCCCGAAGCACGACGCCUCUGCCCGUUCCUCUCGCAUCGGUUCCGGUGCACACACACCCGCGUCUGGCUCUGACGCCCAUACACCCGAUGAACCAGGCUACACCGAACCGCUAUCUGAAGAUGAGGACGAGAGCGAGGAAGCCGCCCUGCUUCCGGCGCGCGACCAAGGCCUUGUCGCACGCCUCUCAGAUACUGACGCCGCCGAGGCAGCUGCAUUCCGGGAAAAGAUGCUGGCUGCGAGCAGUCGUAGCAGCAGCGUACGUGGCACGCGCAGGGACAAGAGCCAAUCCCAGCACGUCCGUCUCGCCAUCCCCGAGGGCCAGGUGCAGGACAGCGACGUACCCGACGCGGCACAUGUGAACGGCAACGGCAAUGGCGUUGCGCACGCCACCGCGUCGCGGCCUGCCAAUGGAACGCUUGGCCGGCGCGCCCUGGCCAUUGACCCGCUCGCACCUGCUUCCAUCUUUGAUGCUGCGUUCAAGAGGCGCUUGAGCGGCAAACCUAAUGGCGGGUCUGAAACGGAUUCCCAUGAGCAUGAUGAGGAGACGCGGCCAAAUGACGACGAUAGUGAUGCGGAUGAGAGCGAGGCUGUUCGUGCGCUUGAGGGUGCACCGCGCGGGGAUGACGAGCGGAUACUCGUCAGGGACUGGAGGGCGCCGGCCGGGAAGCGGAUCGCGGUCCCUAUACGCAUUGAGCCGAAGGUCUACUUUGCAACUGAGCGGACAUUCCUGAAAUGGCUACACUUCUCAAUCUACGUCGGAACAGUCGCCACAACGUUGCUCAACUUCGUACCGGCAGAUGAUACCCGCGGGCUCGUCAGCGCUGCCUUCUUCACGCUAGCCGCACUCGCGAGCAUCGCGUACAGUGCGGGCGUAUUCGUGUACCGCGCACGUCGCAUUCGCAUGCGCGCCGCGAGCGGGAUGUACUACGACAAGUGGGGCCCGACGGUGCUGUGCGCAAUCCUGCUGCUCGCGCUCGUUGUCAAUGUUGUGUUCAGAAUAACGGAGGUUGCUGGAGGAGGAGAUGACUAA